AGAACUUCUUCGCUGCCAUGUCAGCUCCAAGAAUGCAGAAUGGUUGCUGAAGAAUGAAUGGAUGGAUGGAUGGAUGGAUGGAUGGUUGAAUCAGGCAAUCCCAAAUGCACCCAACAAGGAGCUAGCCUUCCCCCAUCAGACUUUACCUUUUUCUUUAUACCUCACUUUCUUCUGAUGCCCAGAACAAAUCCCUGUUCCCAAGAACAAGAUGCACCAAUUCUGCCUUCCAGAUAUUCUCAGUCCCUCAUGAUGCAAUGGCACCCUCUGAGAAAAUUGGCCAAGAGCCAUCCUUGCGGUGCAAUGAUCCCUCACCAGCCCCUACAUGUUCCACCACCUGGCACCACUACCCUUCCUUCAGGAAGGUAUUCCAGGUUCAAGGGCAUUGCCUGCUAAGAUACCUCCAGCCAGCCAGAGGCCAAUAGAAAGCUGGCUCUGGGACCAUGUGAGAUGUUAAACAUCCUGGCUUCUGUAGCCCCUGUCACCUUUGGGCUCCCUGUUGCCAUGGGAGAGUUGCCAAGAGCUGUCUCAAGGCAGAUUUAUGACACACCCGCCCCCACCAACCACACGGGAAAAAGUGACAAGAAACAGAGCAGCCUCCCUUUAAAGAGGGACAGCAGGAUGGAAGGCAGACACAGCCAGGACCAUGGCACUGUCAGCCCUCCUGCUUCUCACUGUCCUCGUUGGCCUCUUGCUUCUCUGGGGUUACCCAGCCUCCCGGGGCCGCCUCCCUCCAGGACCUUGGCCCCUGCCCUUCCUGGGGAACAUUUUGCAAAUAGACAACCAGGGCUUUCUCAAGACCUUCCAGAUGCUGCGGAAGAAAUACGGGGACGUCUUCACAGUCUACCUGGGACCCCGGCCUGUUGUCAUCCUGUGCGGGUACAAGGCAGUGAAAGAGGCUCUGGUGGGUCAGGCUGAGGCUUUCUCCGGCCGCGGGCACAUCGCCAUCAUUGAUCCCAUCCUCAGGGGAAAAGGUGUGGUCUUCGCCAAUGGAAAGUCUUGGAAGGCCCUUCGGCAAUUCUCUCAGCUCACCAUGAGGGACUUCGGGAUGGGGAGGCAGAGCAUUGAGAAGCGAAUCCAGGAGGAGGCUCAGUGUCUGGUGGAGGAGCUGCGGAAAUCCCGGGGGGCCUAUCUGGAUCCCACCUUCUUCUUUCACUCCGCCAUGGCUAACAUCAUCUGUACUAUCAUCCUUGGCCAGCGCUUUAAUUACCAGGACCCCAGAUUCCUACACUUGCUACAUUUAAUGAAUGAUCUCUCCGAUAUUAGCAGCUCUUUCUACGGCCAGAUGUUUGAACUCCUCUCCGGCAUCCUGAAACACUUUCCUGGCAUCCACACUCGCUUGUACAGCAAAAUUCAAGAAAUGGAAGAUUUUGUCGUUGAGAGCAUCGAGAGGCACCGGGAAAUGUUGGACCCCAGCACCCCGAAGGACUUCAUUGAUUCCUUCCUGGUCCGCAUGGACAAGGAGAGCUCUGAUCCUGAGAGUGAGUUCCACUAUAAGAACCUUGUCUACACGGUUCUUUCGCUGUUUUUCGCCGGCACGGAGAGCUCCAGCAACACUCUCUUGCAUGGGUUACUACUCCUUCUUAAGAACCCUGAUGUUUUAGAGAAAGUCCAGAUGGAGAUUGACAGAGUGAUUGGCUCACACCACCUCCCAGCCCUUGAAGAUCGGGCAAAAAUGCCUUAUACAGAUGCCGUCAUCCACGAAAUUCAGAGAUUGGGUGAUGUCAUCCCCCUUGGUAUUCCCCGCUCUGUCAUCAAGGACACUCACUUCCGGGGAUAUCAUCUCCCUAAGGACACUACUGUGUAUCCCAUCUUGAGCUCUGUCCUCCAUGACCCAUGCCACUUUGAGAAGCCAGAAGCCUUCCACCCUGGCCACUUCCUGGAUGCAGAGGGCAACUUCAGGACGCAGGGAGCCUUUAUCCCAUUCUCCCUAGGAAGACGCCUCUGUCUGGGUGAGAGCCUGGCCCGCUCUGAGCUCUUCCUGAUCUUGACCUCGGUGCUGCAGAACUUCACCUUGGGAUCUCCCAAGGCCCUGGAAGACAUUGACAUCACGUCCCAGAGGAACGGGCUGCUGAAAAUGCCCCCUGAGUUCAAGCUCUGCUUCCUGCCCCGCCAGGGAGUGGGACCAGGGACGCAGAUCCCCUAAGAGCCCUUCCAUCUAGCCCCCACCUCUACCCACAGGGCAUCUGUGGAGGCGUUCUGACUCCUCCCUGCUCACUCUCUCCUGGGGAAAGUCCCUUCUGUAGUCUCUCCCUUGUCCAGCCUGCUGUCUUCACUGCUCAUCCCCAGAUGGCCUGCACUGUUGAUGGAGGGUUAAACCUUGGGCUUCAGGGCCAGGAAACACCUUCGGUAACUUGGAGUCAUCACCAUCCAUAGUGCAGUUGGGGAAACUGAGGCCCACACCUAUAUCCAACCACCCCCCCAACCCUCCGGUUCUUUCCUUGAGUUCAAAAGGCCACUUCAGCCCUCAGCCUCUGCUCUGUGUGACUUUAAAACACUUCCCAUAUUUCUCUGAUCUUAUCCAUCAAAACCAGUGAGAUCAAAAUAAAGUUCCACUCUUUCUGGACCCAAUGGCUAUCUGUGUUGCCAUACUCUUUUUUUUUUUUUCUGAGCUAAAAUUCACCUAACAGAAAAUUAACCACUAACCACCUUAAGUAUACAAUUCAAUGGCAUUUAGUACAAUCACAGUAUCAUGCAACCAUUGUCUUUGUCCAGCGUCCAAUCAUUUUUAUCCCCACAAAGGAAACUCUGUACUUUUGAGGGCUGAAUAAUAUUCUGCCAAAUGGAAACACCACAUCUAGUUUAUCCCUUCAUCUGGUAACUGGCAUGUGGGUUUUUGACAGCUUUUGGCUCUUGUGAACGGUGCCACUGUGGACAUUUGCAUGCAGGGUGGCCCUGCAUUUGUUUUACUCUCCAUUGGGAAUGGAAGGCAGGUGUUCAGUUUCCACCUCAGACCUGAGACUCCAGAAGGACAGGGCCAGCCUUCCCUCCCAGACAGUCCUCACAGGUGGCAUUGAAGAUUAAAUGAGACAGUACGGACAGAGUGGCUAGA